AAACAACGUCAAUAUGUCAAUGUUGAACAAAUUUCGUACGUCUCAAGUAAUGUGCAAGUUGAAUAAAUGUACAAGGCGUGGAAUGGCUGAAUUGAAACCUGAUGCUAGUAUUAAACCUCAUACUGAAGCCGCAUACACGUCCCCUAAUUCAACACUAGGAGAUGUUCACAGGGUUAGUAAUGUGGAGAGGUAUUUCCUGGUUUGGACAAAAAAGUUUAAAUCAGUGAAAGAUGUUCCUGGCUAUGUAUCGAGAGACAUGAUGGAAAAGGCUAGAAACAUUAUGAGGAUAAGAGUAAACCUAUCUAUCAUAGCCAUCUGCUUGGUUGGAGCAUUACUGGCAGCUCAAAGUGGGAAAAAAGCUGCCGGGAGAGGAGAAACCCUCACUAAGAAUAACCUUCAGUGGCAUAAAGAUUACAAUGAUUCCCAAAAUGCACAGCCACCCAAGUGAAAAAAGUAAAUAUGAAAUUCAAGUGAUAAUCCUAUAAUCACUCAGCUGGAAUCUAUCGUUGCAUGAACAAUUAGACAAUAAAAAUGGAAAUAUAUCAAAUGUCUUAACUAA